GUGGUAGGCUGAGUUGGAGAGACCAUCUUCGAGACGAUUUGUUUCCUUAAACGACAGUCUCACAGACUCGUGCAGUCAGGCCAAAUGAAGAGGAUUUUCUUGAAGUUGUUUGUCUAUUUAUCAGCGCUAUGUAUGGCAAUAUUUGCGAUAUUGCAAACUCUGUUACUUUUUCUGCUGAAUAUUAUUUCGCCAAGCUUGACCAAGCAACUUAUUUUAAAGAUGGGUGAGAGAGUUACGAUGAGCCAGAAUCCAAAAUUCAAAUAUGAAGAUUGGGGACCAACUUUCAUGUCAUUCAUAUUCAUAAAAACUGUGAUCGGACACGUCUGGCUCUCGCUCGGUGAAGAUGCAUUUGUGGGUUCAAAGGCCCCUGAUACACCUGUUGUUACUUUAGACGGCAAGAAAACGAGUAUCUACAAUUUUAUGAAAGACAACAGACCACUGGUAUUGAGUUUUGGAAGUUGUUCCUGACCUCCAUUUUUGUACAAACUUGACCAGUUCAAGAGACUGGUCAAGGACUUCAGUGAUGUGGCAGACUUUCUUGUUGUCUACAUUGCUGAGGCACAUUCAACAGAUGGUUGGGCCUUUAGCAACAAUGUUGCUAUCAAGAAGCACCAGUACCUAAAGGAGAGAAUUGCUGCUGCUCAGCUACUUACCAAGGAGGACCCACUAUGUACCAUUGUAGUGGAUGAAAUGUUUGAUACCACAGCUGCUAAAUAUGGUGCUCUGCCCGAAAGGUUGUACGUGCUGCAGGCAGGAAACGUUGUGUAUAAGGGAUUUAAGGGGCCUUGGGGUUACGAUCCUAUGGAGGUGCACUCAUUCCUGCAAAAGAUGAAGUAGAAUAUGUGUCCAAAGAGCUUUCUGUUGUGUAACUCCAGACUGCUAUCUCUUACAUUUAUCUAAUUUCACCCUUCGCAAUCAAUGUUCAUCCCUGGAUUUUAACCAUUCUCCAUUUUUGUUAGUGAUGGAUACAGAGCAAAUGUCUGACCUCUGUAACCAGAUGUAGAAAGAAUUGGAGAGAUGUUUGAACCAGGUCAUGUACAUUAUAUACAUGAAUAUAUUCAGACUAAGAAAUCUAAUAGGACAUGGACACAUUAUGCUAGUCAGUUGUCUUUUUCCUUAAACCUUUAUAGUAUAUCUUUAUUUGAGAAUAGUUAUAAUAUUUUCAAUAAUACAUUUUCUGUUGCUUAAUUUAGAAAUGAUGCCUACAAAAUGUAUCAUGAUGAUGACAGGUGAGGUUUGCUUAACAUAUGAUCACUACCUGAUUUAUCUCUAUACUACUUUUUAUGUAUUAGAAAUUCAUCCAGAAGUACUACUGCUUUGUGUAUGAUGAUUACAAUGCAAACUUCUGGCUAUUGUAAUUGGAUUUAUGAAAAGUAGGAUUUGUGCAGCAUGGUUUUGGAAAAUCUAUAGUGUGUAUCAUGUUUGUGUAUGAUAUGCAUGAGGGUAUCAGUACUGGUAUCAAACAAAUAGUGUCAGUAAUAAACAGUUAAUUGGAGGGAAAA